GCAAGCGCUAUCGCCUCCUCCUCCUCCUCUGCUUUCUUUCUUCCUUCCUCCGUCGUCGUCGUCUUGGUCUUGUUCUUGAAGCAGAGCAGAGCAGAGGAAAUCAAAUCAAAUCCCCGUCUCCUCCUGCCCCCGAUUGUCCAGUCCAGUCCACAUCUUUCUUUCUUUCUUUCAUUUCCAACCAACAAGGAAAGAUCAGAUCAGAUCAGAUCAGAUCAGACUGGAUUUGAUUGUUUGUUGCCUAGCUGUUGAUUCAUUCCGAAUCGCCCUUGUUGGAUUCGGAUGGAGUCCCAUUCCCAUUCGGAUUCCAACUCCAAUCCACAGCAACAACAACAACAACAAGAUUCUUCUUAUGCUUCUUGUUGUUGUUGUUGUUGUAAUGGAUUAGGAGGAGGAGGAGCUGCUGCUGCUCCUAGUACAACAAUUAAGGAGGGGGCGGAGGAGGAGCAACAACAACAAGAAGAAGAAGAAGAUUUGGGCUUGAAACUGGAUUUGGAUUUGGAUUUGAAUGCCCCCCUCCUCCUUCCCCACCCCCUCAACAAGAAGCUGCAGCUGCAACAAGAAGAAGAUGUGGGUGUGGAGGAGGAAGAAGAAGAAGAAGAAGAAGAAGAAGAAGAAGAAGAAGAUAACACAAGAAGAAGAAGAAGAAGAAGAAGAAGAAAAGGAGGAAAAGUGGUUCGCUUCAACGACUGCAGCCUCACCCAGGUCCUCGAGUUCCAGCCUAGCAGCUCCCGUGAGGACGCCAUCUCCUUGUGUGCCCGGCUUUGCACUUGGCUCUGCGGAUCAGAAACUACUGAUGAUGAUCAUCAUCAUCCAUCCUCAUAGGUGAUUGAUUGAGUUUAUGGGAAGAACAGCAAGCCAGCCCGCAACUAAUAUAAGCUCAACUGAAUGCUCGUGCUCAAGUCAAGAGGAUGGAUGGAUGGAUGGAUGGAUCAACAGCCAAAGUCAGUGACACAAGGGAGGGACUGGCCUGGCCUGGCCUGGCAUGAACGAAUGGAUGAAUGAAUGGGUGUAUAGUUUUUUGCUACAUGAAUUAUUUGCCUUUGCCCCAGUCUAGUUUUGAUGAUCAGUUCCUUUUCUAAAAAAAAAGUUUUGAUGAUCAGUCUAGC